GCGGCGAACGGCAUCUCCUCCGGGAACCCCAGCACGCGCUUUCCGGCUAAGUCGAGUCCACGCCUGUGUCUCCUCCCAGGAGGCCGGUUUCCUCGGACUCCAAAUGCACCCCGACCAGCAACCUGCCCACGUUCCCGGCGGCCCGCCUCCCCCAGGUGCGGAGGGUAGGAGGGGCAGAGUCUCGGUUGACCUCCACCGGGGAGAAGAAACUGACUAAAUGAAUAACAUGAAGUCCAAUAGAAUCCUACUUUUUAUCAUUUCAAUUCAGGGGAGUAAAAGUAAAUCAUUGCUAUCUUUCCCUGCUGAUUUCUUGUGUUUUACUACUUGAAACACCCAGUUUUUCUAAUACUCAUGAUGUCUGUAGGGAAAUCCUCAAAAAAAAGACCUCGAAGUUUAUCAAGCAGCAAAACUAAAAAAAAUGAAUCUAACUCUAUUAUUGCGUUUUUUAACAAUGUACCACCUGUUAAACUUGCCUGCCCCAUUUGUAGUAAAAUGGUGCCAAGAUAUGACCUAAACCGUCACCUUGAUGAAACGUGUGCUAACAGCGGUGACAUCACUCCAGCUGACCCUGGGCCUGCUGACUUAAGUUCAAAUGUGUCCACAGUAGAUUUGACCAAUAUUGCCUUAGAAGAGGUAACGCCAGAGAAGUCGUCACCAUCAAAGAUCAAUUUAACCCCUGGCCAAAGCGAUUCAGCAAAAAUGGGCAUAAAACAGCAGACCAGCCCCUAUUUUAAGAGUAAUGGUGACGCAGUGUGCAGAAAUCAAGAUGGGCUGAGACAUCAUAAUGUGAAAGUCAUCCCUCUGGGAAGCCUGUCAUCUAAAUUGUCCAGAAGAUACAUAAAGGCUAAAAGAUCAAUAGAUAAGAAUGAGGGAUUCGCCAAUCAGAGUCCACAGAGUUUCUCGUCCACAGGGGUUAGGAGCCUGGUGGAUCAGUGUUCAGAGAUGGAAGGCCAGGAUCAGCUUUUGGAGAAUAGUUCUCAAAAGGAAAACAUGUUUGCCUGUAAUUCUCUGGAGGAACCAAGCACUCCCGAACAUAUUGUGGGAGGCUCUACAAUAAUGGAAGGUGAAGGCCUAAUGGCUGCACAGGAAUGUGGGAGGUCAACUCUCACCCCCACCUUCUCAGAUAAUGCUCCCGUGUUACUUUCACCAGAUUUAACUCUUGGACAUAAAUUAAAGUCUGCUUCAGAGGACCAUCUUGCAAAGCAGGAGAGUAUCAAAGGAACAGAUGAUAAAGGUGUUGAAAACUGUGAAGGAGGUGGUUGUGAAGAGGUAAAAAUGACUUUUGUUUCACAAGCUCCAACCCAGUCAUCACAUUGGGAGGCAAAAUCUCAUAAUUCUACACACGAUGCUUCUAUAUGGAGUGACAGCCAAGCACUUCCUCCAGAAGGUGACAGUGGCUUAAAGAAUGAAAGCACUGACCGAACUCCUUUGGAGCAGGGGUCAAGCUGUGAUGUUUCCCGUGUAACAAGUCCAGCACCGCCAGACCAUCCUUACUACCUUCGGAGUUUCCUCGUGGUGCUGAAAGCCGUGUUUGAGAAUGAAGAAGACAGGAUGCUCUUUGAUGAGCACGAGAAGGGCAUUAUAACUAAAUUUCAUCAAUUAUCAGCUAGCGGUCAGAAGUUAUAUGUCAGACUUUUUCAACGUAAAUUCGGCUGGAUUAAGAUGAACAAACUGGAAUAUGAAGAGAUUUCCGCUGACUUAACCCCGGUGGUUAGAGAGUUGACGCAUGCAGGCUUCCUGCAGACGGAAUCUGAGUUGCAAGAACUGUCUGAGGUGCUCGAGCUCCUUUCUGCUCCGGAACUGAAAGCCCUGGCAAAGACCUUCCACUUGGUGAACCCCAAUGGGCAGAAGCAGCAGCUGGUGAAUGCGUUUCUCAAAUUGGCCAAACAGCCUUCAGUCUGCACUUGGCGCAAGAAUCAGCCUGGCAUUGGUGCAGUGAUUUUGAAAAGAGCUAAAGACUGGGUGGGACAGUCUCUGAGAGUGUGUAGAGACCCCCGGGCUGUGUUCUCCCGGGUCCUGCUGCUGUUUUCACUGACCCACGAGGUGGAAGAGGAGGAGGCGGCCUGUGGCGGGCAGGGCCAGCUUUCUACGGUACUGCUGGUCAACCUUGGCCGCAUGGAGUUUCCCAGGUAUACCGUCAGUCGGAAAACCCAAAUCUUCCAGGAUAGAGAGGAUCUCAUCAGGUACGCAGCGGCCGCGCACAUGCUGAACGACAUCUCCACCGCGAUGGCCAGCGGGGCCUGGGAGGAAGCCAGGGAGCUCGCUCGGUGUGCAAAGCAGGAUUGGGACGGACUGAAAGGCCACCCGUCCCUGAGAUACCACGAGAAAUUGCCACUCUUUCUCCGGUGUUUUACCGUUGGUUGGGUUUAUACGAGGAUUUUGUCCCGAACUGUUGAAAUACUGCAGAGACUUCACAUGUACCAGGAAGCCGUCAAGGAGCUUGAAAACCUUUUGUCCCAGAAAGUGUACUGUCCUGACAGCAGAGGCCGGUGGUGGGACCGGCUGGCUCUCAACUUGCACCAGCACCUGAAGCGCCUGGAGCCGGCCAUCAAGUGCAUCACAGCAGGGCUGGCGGAUCCGGACGUGCGGACAGGCCACCGCCUCUCGCUGUAUCAGAGGGCCGUGCGCCUGCGGGCCUCUCCCAGCUGCCAGAAGUACGCGCACCUCUUCCGUCAGCUCCCAGAAGUCACUGUGGGUGACGUCAAACAUGUGACCGUCACGGGCCGGCUCUGCCCGCAGUCUGGGCCGGGCAAGUCUGUCUUCGUGCUGGAGGCUGGGGGGACCGCCCCUGCCACCGUCCUGUGCUCUGUGGAGGAGCUGGCGCUGGCCCAUUACAGACGCUGUGGCUUCGACCAGGGGAUUCACGGGGAAGGGUCCACCUUCAGCACGUUGUACGGUCUCCUCCUAUGGGAUGUCAUCUUCAUGGACGGGAUACCAGACGCCUUCAGAAACGCCUACCAGGCGGCCCCGCUGGACCUCUGCACGGACAGCUUCUUCGCCAGCAGAGCACCGGCCAUCGAGACCCGGCUGCGGCAGAUUCACGGUGCCUCCGCGGAGAGCCUGCGGGCCUGGGUGGCAGCCGUGUGGCAGGCCCAGGAAGGCAGGGUGGCCUCCCUUGUCAGCUGGGAUCGCUUUGCUUCUCUUCAGCAAGCCCAGGAUCUUGUGUCCUGCCUGGGGGGCCCCAUCCUCAGUGGUGUGUGCCGGCGCCUGGCCAUGGACUUCCGACACUGCCGAGGGGGCCUCCCUGACCUGGUGGUGUGGAGCUCCCAAAGUCACCACGUUAAGCUGGUGGAAGUGAAGGGCCCCAGUGACCGUCUUUCGCAGAAGCAGAUGAUCUGGCUGGAUGAGCUGCACCGGCUGGGGGCGGACGUGGAGGUCUGCCAUGUGGCUGCAGUCGGAGCCAAGAGCAGGGGCCCCAACUGAGAGCCGUGGGCUUGGGAGCAUCUGAGAGCGUCAGAAGCGUCAAGUGUCACUACAUCUUAUUUAAUUUUGUUGUUGUCGUAAUAAACCUGGCAGUGUAAGGACUCAUCACUGUACAGUGUCUGUGUAUCACAAACCUUGGUAUUGGCUUCAGGACACUCACUGAUUCCAUAGAGCAGGUAAUGAACUUUUAAAAAGGUCAAAACCUUGGUGGCCGUUUCAGGAGCUAGAUGCAUCUGACUUAUAGGAAAGCUGGAACCCCCCACCCCAAAAGGAGAUGAUUCACAGCUUUGUGUCUUUUAUAAAGGAGCAUACACAAUGUGUCUUCCUAAAAAGUAUAUUGGAAAUGGAGAUUCCUUAAUUUAUCUAUGUUUUUCUAUACUGCCCUUACACAUUUGGCUGCUAAAAUUCUUGUUCUAUGAUUAUUUGCUCACUCCAGGUCUAGGGUCACAUUUGGGUAAUUCUCACAAUAUUUUAAACUUCUUCAUCAUCAUUAUAUUUGUUACGGUAUGACUUGCUGAAGGCUCAGAUGGUGGUUAGUAUAUUUUAGCAGGACAGUAUUUUAAAAUACUUCAAGGUAAGAACACUUUUUUUAGACAUAAUGCUACUGCACAUUUAAAAGACUACAGUAUAGUGGAAAUAUAACUUCUAUAUGCACUGGAAAGCCAGCAAAUUCACGUGACUUGCCUUAUCGAGAUCCUUGCUUUAUUGUGGGGCUCUGGAACUGACCUGCAGUAUCUCCAAGGUGUGCAGGUACAGGGCUGCCGUCACUGUUGGAAGAGCCUUGGGCUGGGGAAGGUGGACGCGGGAAGGGGUUUAUCAGAACGGUAGGCCCAGGCGUGGCGGGCCAGGCUCCCGCUCCCAGAGACUAGUUCCAAGACCUUCUUAAGGAAAUGGUGCUCCCCAGCUUUUUAAUUUGUUAAAUGGAAGGACACCCACAUGGCCGUGACAACAGCCAGCUGUGCACUGAGGUUAGAAAUGUUACCCAUCUCUGCCUUGCUUUACAGCAGGCAGAGCGUCGGGUGGACGACACACAAGCACGGCUGAAGAAAACACCCUCGCUUCUUGAUGCUCUGUGUUCUUGCAGGGGACUCGUAUUGACAACGAAGGCAGUGAUUCCUGUGGAAAUUUUAUUAGCAGUCAACACUUCCUUCACAUUCACCACUGCUGAAAAGCAGGGUCUCUCACCUUCAUGCACAUCCUACUUUAACCCAAGUCAUAGUCAAUUUUAGGCACAAAGGUUUUCAUUUUCUCUCAAGUUUUAACUGCUUGAGGUUACUGCUACAGCAAGCAGAUUUUGUUGAAGGACGCCUUGAAUACUUUUCACCCUCUGUUAGCACAGAUUAAUAUACUUUCUUAAAUAAAGUUAGAAAUUUUUGGUUUUAAAACUGGUUUCCAUCACAAAACAGUAAGACAUGGUACACCUUUAAGUCCGAUCCUAGCGAGUCCGGAGCUGCCUGACGCCUGUGUGGCCCUCUGUCAGCACAGGCUCCGUGUCCGCGUCCAGAACCACAUUUGGACUCUGUCCCCACACGUCCUCCGUGCCAGGAGUGGUGCCAGGCAGCUCUGCAGGGGCCAGGACUCAAGGCUGUAAUAGUUGUUUUUCAUAUUAUGCACGAUAAAACUGUAGCACAAUAAUCAUUAUAUAACAACUGUUCAGCAAAAAUAAAACAAAAAACUAUACUACAUUUGAUUAUCAUACAAAAAUAUGCACAUUUUCUAUUUUAAAACAGUAUUAAUAGUACCUAAUCAUUUUUAAACUUGCAAGUUAAUCAAAAAAAAUUACUAAAAGGGUUAAAAUAAAUGUGAGAGGGAAGAAAGCUAUAAAGAAGUAAAUGCUCAACCCAAAAAAACUAACAAAUUUAGAACAAUUUGUAAUAAUAAAAAAGCAGCCUAAUGAAAAAGGAAGAAAAAUUAUUACACUUCCAGUGGCAGGAUAUGCUGUGGGGUUUUCAGGGGACCGGAGCUGGUUUCUAAUCAAGGACUUUAAAAUGUUUAAUGGCAACAGUGCUAUUUAUAUAAACUAAGAAAGCCCUUACUUUCUAGACAAGUUGGCAAAACACUGGGCUUAUCCACACAAUGGAUUUCCUAAGACUGCAUAGGAACUUCUGUCCCUGUAAGUUCAGAGACAUUAUCCAACCAUUUUUAAAAGGCAAAUAAUUCAAAUAGAAACAUCUAUUUGUUACAUAUAAAGGUAAAACACACAGUUUUGGAAAAAAUUGUUUUAAAAAAGGACAUAAGCUAACUAGAUACUUUACUAUAAACGUUUUUUAAAAAGCUUAAGAUGGCAGUUUCAGAAACUCUAAAAACAGCCACAUUGAAAACAUCCAUCUUUUACACAGAAGUCAGGGGUGUUGGGGAGGCUGUGACCAGCAUGGCCACAGUAAGCUCCAGCUCUGGCCCACAGCUUUGGCUCGGCUCUUGUGACACAACCUGAAAACGGGAAUUUGAGACGAGAGCACACCUCUGUCUGUGCCUCUGAACACCUGUCAUGGGUUGGGUGGGGCGGGUGCGCUCACCAUUUUACAGUGGCAGUAUUUUGAGAGAAGUCCGUUGUUAGGCUCCUGUCCUCCCUUCCUAAGCACUGUGCACUCAGGUGACCCGACUCAAGACCUCAUCACUGACUUCCAAGGGAAAGUGCCCCGGGAGUGCUCCCCACUAGACUGUGACGGGGCCUCUACUUUGAGGGUGGGUGUCAGUGAUGCUGCCGCCCCGACCUGGACCCUGCCUCAGACCCACUGUGUUCGGUGACUUUCAGAGGGAUGUGUGCCUCUGGGGACUCCUGGCUGUCGGUACAAUGCCGAGUGUGACCAGCCUCUUUCCAAUGUGCAGUGGGACUUUGACACCCUAAUUUAAAAAACAAAUUGUUUUACUCUGUGUUCUUCAUAUCUUAAUAUUAAUGUCAAAGGCACUUCUAAAUUUAAUUAUCUAUAGUAAAUGCUUUUAAAGUCAACAGUGCAUAUCAUUUUAAAGUUAGUCCUAAGGAAACUCAUGAUUUUAAAACACAGUGAUCUACGGUCCCAAAGUGAUCUAAAAUAAAUUACAGUGUGAGAACACACAACUCUCAGGUGAGCUCAACUAGAGAUAAUAGAAAGUGACCAGAUAAAUACACAAAUACCUACUAACGCCCACUGGGGUUUACUGGAUGCUCCUUGAAAAUAUACUAAACACUAAUUUCUUAACUUUCCUGAUGUCUGCUUCUCUGGGCUGCUAAUCCAACUGAGGAUCAGGGAACCUUUAGGAGGUGGUUGGAAAAAUGGAUGUAGACAAAACAAAUGUCGCAGACAAAACCUGAUUAGUUUGACCACAGUAAUAAGAUCGUGGGAAUGUCUGCCUGCAAAUGAUCUAAAAAUGAGCCAGACCUAGAAUGAUAGAAAGAGGACAUAAAUAACAAAGUUAUGCCUAUCUUUUAAAAAUAUUGUGAAGGAAGCAUAAUUCAACAUGUUUUAAAGUAUUAGUGCAAAUUUCAACUGUUAUUCUUACGUAUAGAACGAUUAGAGUUUCAAACGCCUCGGCCGGCAGUUUUACUUCAGAGGAGAAGGUCUCUCACUCCCUCAGGAUGUUCAGAAAGCCACCCCGCCUCAGUCUUCAUUUGCUAGUGUCUCAGUAGAUAACCAUAUUUUGGCCCCACUUAAAAACUUGCCUAGCGGUGUCCCUGAAAUGCUCCGUCUGCACAGAUUGCCCACUGGGGAAAAGGGAAACGAGGAGGAGAGGAAGUCCGGUGUCCCUGGGGCGUCGUGCGGGCCGCCAGCGCGGAAGUACACCCUGCUCUGGACCAGCUCAGGGCAGGGGGCUUCCGGGGGGCUGCCCUGGGGCUGCCGCAGCGCCCUGCUCAGCAUGUCCACCUCAUCUGCCAGCAGGGAGACCUUGUGGAAGGCCGUGAUGAAGCCCCCGCGCUGGAUCUGGGCCUCAGGGACCCAGCGGAAGUAGCAGAGUUUCCACAGUUUGAUGUGCAUUCCGGACAGAAGCGGCAGAAUCACCCCGUGCAGGUCGGCAGGC